AAAAUGCAGUGGGUCUUCAUCUCCACCCUUCUUACAAUCCCUUAUACUCAACAGCUUUCUUUCAGGGUAUCAGGCCAGGGGCAGCAGCAAGGAAAGAGUGGAGAAGGUACAGGAAAGAGUGAGCUUCAUCAGCGCCAAGAGUUAUGUCGCUGGCCCUGCAGAUGCCCACCUGUGCCAAACUGCAGUCCUGGGGUGAGCCUGAUGAGAGAUGGCUGUGGAUGUUGCUGGAUGUGUGCCAAACAAGCAGGCACCAUCUGUAAUGAAGCUGAGGUCUGUGACCAUCACAAGGGACUAUAUUGUGAUUACUCUGCAGAUAAGCCUAGGUAUGAAAGAGGAAUAUGUGCAUACAUGAUAGCAGUUGGCUGUGUGCUCAGUGGUGUAUACUAUACCAAUGGCCAAUCUUUCCAGCCUUCUCCUCUUUUUUCGUGCUUGUGUGUGAAUGGUGCAAUUGGAUGCACACCAGUAUUCAUCUCCAAGUCAGCAUCUAAUGAAUGUACAUUGCUCAAGAACAGAAAGAAAGUUGGACAUUCCAAAUGUGCUCCAGGGCAUCUGGAAGAACAGCAAUCAAGACAUUACCGAAUAAUGCCAG